AUGGCGCGAGUCUCAGAUCUCAUCCGGGACUCGAAGCUAGAGACAUCCUUCCACCCUGACUGUAGUGUGGAAACCGUGCAUACCUACCAAGAAUCAGAUCUUACUUCGCGCAGGCGCGUUGUUGCGAGAUCUGAACAUUGGAAACGGCUUUCUAAGAUUGGAGGCGGUGCAUAUGGAAGCGUUUGGUUGGAGAAAUGUAUCAGAGACAGUCAUCAGCGCAGCGUACAGGCUCUAAGAGCUGUUAAGCAAAUUGACCUAGAUACACGAUAUGGGCCUAUCGAUUAUAACCGCGAGCUAGAAGCUAUUGCCAAAUUCUCGCAUAGUCGGUAUGUGCGAUGCUUUGUUCGGUCAUUUGGGUGGUAUGAAGCCCCAGACCAGCUAUUCAUUGCAAUGGAAUAUCUUGAACUCGGCGAUCUGUAUCAAUACUUGUACGACAAACCACCCCUGUCCGAAGUCGAAGCAAAGGAGAUUGCCUUCCAGAUCUUAGAAGGCCUGGGCAUGAUGCACGAAAAUGAUUUUGCUCACCGAGAUCUGAAGCCGGGAAAUAUUCUUAUCAAGGCACGACCUCCCGACGAAUGGUGGAUCAAGAUCGCGGAUUUUGGUAUCAGCAAACGGAUCGAAGAUGGCCAUGGUCAAGCAUCCACUCUGCGAGGUACCCCUGGUUAUGUUGCCCCUGAGCUUUACCGAUUUAUUGAGCGAGGCAGUCCAUAUGCGACUGACAUAUGGGCCACUGGAGAGAUCCUUUUUGAGAUACUUGUCAAAAAGCGAGCAUUUGCACACCUUGGCUUGCUUUCGUCCUAUGCCAGAGAGGAGAAAUUCCCGUCGGAGCAGCUGGUCAAUGCGGGUGUCAGUCAACAGGGUGUCGAUUUUGUAUCGUUGCUGAUGAAGGCUCAACCGGAGGACCGUCUCACAGCCAAAGCGGCUCUAUCGCAUGAAUGGCUGGAAAAAGCCCCAGCCCUAGCCUCGGAAAGCCCCGAUUCCGGAGGGUACAGUGUUCCAGAGACGCCUGACUCUACUCCUGUACCUGACUCGAAGUCAACUUCGGUUGAGACAAUGACGGAGGAGUUUGCAUCAUGGGACACAGAAGAGCUUUCACAACAGAUUAUUCUACCUCCCAAAGCAGAUAACGCUGCUACCACGGUCUUGUUGAAUUACAAUCAGACUGCGGCCAGAAGUAGUAAUACUUUAAACACUCACAAAGCAGAUGACACCAUGGCCUCCUUGGACUACAGUCAGAGCAACUCAAAAAGCAGUACUGCCUUAAACAAGCCCCAGAAUAUUUCCAGGAAGCCUGUUGCCACGGAUCAACAGCCCGUCCGCUCAUCCCUCUCUUCUUCGCCUCCGCCCGGGGUGACCAUCUUCGACAGCGAACGCAAGGUUCGUGCAAGUCCGGAGACACCAUCAAAGCAAAGUCUAGCUUCGUGGUGGAAGAGAUUCAGACAGACAGCUGAAAUAAAAGAAGAAGCCCCUCGCGGCGUUUUUCGUGUGCCGUUAAAUGAUAGCAUUCGAUACGCCCAUGUCCCUCUCUCAGUUACUACUGAAGAAGGCGAGAGCAUCAUCACUGGAUAUGUGCCAAUAAUCAUCGCAAUGUGUGGCAUGUUUCUUAAGACAAAUGCAACUGAGACCAAGAAUAUUUUCAAAGUCAAUGGAUCAGGGAGCAAAAUAACGGAGCUCCAAAGCCUUUUCGAUUGUCCACCAAGCUAUGGUAGAGGUAUAAAGUGGUCAGACUACAGUGUUCACGACGUUGCGAAUCUCCUCACUCGAUACCUGAGGACACUACCCGAGCCAGUCAUCCCAGUGGUAUUUUACGAGAGUUUUCAUGAGCCACUGCGGAUGCUUUCGCUGGCACGAGACAUCCAGGAACGAGGAGGGGAAUCACCUGUUCAUAAGUUGAUUAUUGAAGCCUAUCGGAAAUUGAUCGAUGUGCUCCCCCCUGACAACAAACAGCUGCUUUUGUACAUGCUUGAUUUUCUUGCUGUUUUUGCUUCCAAGGCAGAAAAGAACGGCAUGCCAGCAGAUCAUCUUGUGGGCGUCUUCCAUCAUGCGUUCUUACGUCCUCUAACCCCCUUUGAAGGCUUCGAGUCGACAACUGAGAAUGUCUUGACUUUCCUAAUUGAGAACCAGGACCACUUUGCGGUGAACCUGCGCCGGGUUACUUCUUAUAAACAACCCUGA